UGUGUGAGUGUGCGUGUGUGUGUUGGGCUGAUUAUUAUCUGGCAGACAUGAUAAGUAAAUAGUGAAGCUCACGUACAGGCCACACGUUUCCGUGCGAAGUGUGUGUUCGCAUCAAUAUAAAAAUGCAUCUGAUGAGCACUUGGCAAAUCAGUUCAAUUAACCAAAUUUAUAGAGCAACAGCAGCAGCAAUAUCAACAUCAGCAGCGGCGACAACAUCAGUAAACUUCCUGAGGCUAAUUAAGGAACGACUAGGAUGACAACAGCAGCAACAACAACAGCAAAUCGCACGAUGCUGCUGCCAAUUUUGACAUCACGUCGACAUUUAAUUGCGCUCGUUGUGGUAACAACAUUAGCCUGCUGCCAAAUGUGCGCGGCACAGAACUCCACGUUCGUAGCAACAAUUGUCAGCUCGAACAACACGUUGCAGUCGGCAAAUGAGACGCGGCUCAAUGAAACGAUUACAAUCAAUAUAAGCGAAAUAAUUGCUGCUGCUGCUGCUGUUGAGACGACAACAGCAGCAUCAACGACAACAGAAGCAACAUCAACAACUGUAAGCAGCACACCAGCAACAUCAACAACUGUGGCAGCAACAACAUCAAGCAGCACAGCAGCAACAUCAACAACGGUGGCCGCAACAACUGUGGCAGCAACAACUGUGGCAGCAACAACACCAAGCAGCACACCAGCAACAUCAACACCGGUGGCAGCAACAAUAUCAAGCAGCACAAUACCAGUAGUUAGCACAACAGCAGCAACAGUCCCAACAUCAACAGCAGCAAUAGCUACAACAGCUGCAGCAGUCUCAAUAAGUAGCACGACAUUAGCAACAACAACAGCAUCGCCAGUUUUAAGCAGCUCAACUGCAGCAGUAACAUUGACAUCAACAACAACAACGACAACAGCCUCAACAAGCUCCACAGUGCCAACAACAGUGACAGCUACAUCGACAACAACCGCAGCAAGCACAACAUCUACGCCCACAACAACAGCAUUGGCGACAUCAACAUCUACAACAACAGCAGCACCUCUUAUAACCACAGUCGUUGACAGCAGCAGCAUCUUGGCAAUCACAACGACAACGCCAGCAACAGUUGUUAAUAGUACGAUAGCAACAACACCAGCAACAACAGCAACAACAACUACUGAAGUGUUAGCAACAACAAGCUUAGAGCCCUUCCCAAUGGCACCCUAUCCCACAGUUUUUGGUCAGCUGGCAGCCAUGAACAUAAUCAGGAAGCUGCCCAAUCAGAAGAACGGUCGAAAGGGACGCAAGGGGCGCAAGGGUCGCAGGCGUAGACGCACCACAACAACAACAACAACAACAACGACGACAACACCAACUCCACGAACAACAACGCUAGGCGACAAUAAUAUCGACGAUGAUGAUGCCAGCCUAUUGGAAGAUGCGGAUCUGCUCGAGCCGCUGCCAGAUUUGCCCCUGCAAUUGGGCAACAUCGACAACCAGCGCAUUGAUCAGUAGUUGUGCAAGCCGCAGCACUCAGUGA